UUUGCUUCUUCCUCGCUCGGUUGUCCCCUUUUUCAAACCUCUGCUUUCCACCCCUUGCCUCUCUCUGAAAGAUAGAGAAGAGGAGGAAGUGAAAGAUGACGACGUUCGACUCGCAGUAUGCCUGGCGAUCGCAGAGGUCCAUUGGUGUCUACGCUGGCCCACCUUCGUACGAGUCGCUCACGACCGACACCCUCGAUGCCGAUUUCGUCAACUCGUCGGCAAGAGCGCUUCGGUACAGCCCCAACGGCUCGCUCCUGGCCGCGGCGUUCGAUUCAGCCGUGUUGCUCGUGACGACGUCGUCCACCGAGACGGGUACCUCGUCGGCGCAGGACAACAAGUGCCGCCAGUCGCACGUCUUGCCCGUCGAAAAGGUUGUCGACCUGCAGUUCUCGCCCAGAGGCACCUGGCUAAGCACCUGGCAGAGGCCGUACAAGGACCAGGAUGGAAACAAUGAGCGCAACCUCAAGGUUUGGAACGCAAAGACGGGCGAGUGCGUCGGCAGUUUCGAGAGAAAGAGCCAGGAAGGGUGUCACUUUCAAUUUGCACAGAGUGAAACGGCCGCUCUCAGGCUCGUCUCGGGGGAGCUGCAGGUGUUCGACCCCGCGGCGCUUGAUAGCAAGGGUGUCAUUGGGAGACUCAAGCUCGAGGGAAUGACGAGCUACGAGAUCGGCCCUGGAGAGAAGCCAAGCGUUGCUGUCUUCUGUGGAGAGAAAAAGGGAGCCCCCGCCUCGGUGCGGGUCUAUUCGUUGGCCUCGCUGAUCCCGACGCCAGAUCAACCGCCGGCACCCAUUUCCCAAAAGACAUUCUUCAAGGCCGACAAGAUCCAAAUCAAGUGGAACACGGCGGGAACCGCUCUUCUCUUCCUCACUUCCACCGACGUCGACAAAACCGGCAAGUCAUACUAUGGCGAAACGAACCUGUACAUGAUGUCGACGAGGGGAGACUUUGACUGUCGAGUGGCGCUGGACAAGGAAGGCCCCGUGCAUGACUUCGAGUGGAACCCAAAUUGUCGUGAAUUUGUCGUCAUCUACGGCUACAUGCCCGCCAAGACGACAUUGUUUUCAUACAGGGUCAACGUCAUUGCUGAACUGGGCACCGCGUCGAGAAAUGUCGCUGCAUUCAAUCCGCAAGGUCGUCUGCUUCUUAUCGCUGGUUUCGGGAAUUUGUCGGGCACUGUCGACAUUUGGGACCGAGAAAAGCUCGGCGGAAGUGCUGGGACGAGUGCCGAAGCAAACGCUGCUGGAAAGCUCUUCAGCUUCGACGGCAGCAACUCGAGCGUCUGCCAAUGGUCGCCCGAUGGCCAGUUCAUCCUUACGGCCACGCUCUCGCCCAGGCUGCGGGUCGACAAUGGCGUUCGGAUAUGGCACUGCACCGGCCAGCUGGUCCACUUGGACCUCAUCAAUGAGCUGUAUCACGCCAGCUGGCGGCCGUUGCUCGCCUCAGACAGCAUGGAGCGGUUCCCCUUCCCCAAGGCACUCCCUCCAGCACCGACGCCUUCUCCAGCCGCUCAGACUGCCCUCGAGGCGCUCAAAGCCAAGGCGAGCCGGCCCACAGGUGCCUACCGUCCCCCUGGUGCGCGCGGCCAACCAGCAAGCGACGUCUUCCAAAAGGCCAGGGAGGAGGCGUAUGCCAACGGAAAUGGCUCGUCCACUUCCAACGGCAGCGGCGCCUAUGUUCCACCGGGCAAAAAGGGCGGAAAGCGGAGCGUGCCGGGCGCUGCACCGCCUCCAGGUUCGCAACCGGCCCAACAGCAGCAGCAGAAGGGCGGUGCCAAGGGCAGUGGUGGCGCCAACAACAAAAAGAAGAGCGCCGGAACCUCGACGCCACCCACUCCAGCUCCCGAAGCUGCCGCACCCCUCGCUUCCGGCGCGGCUGAUGUCGGCGGCAAUGCAGCGGAGAUGGGCGCAAUCGACAAGAAGCUUCGCAAUUUGAACAAAAAGCUCAAGGCGAUCCAGGAGCUCAAGGACAAGCGGGACAAGGGUGAGAAGCUCGAACAGACGCAGCUUCAAAAGAUCGAAACGGAGGCGAGCCUGCGGGAAGAGCUCGCUAAUCUGGAGUAGGCGGCGACAUUCGCUUGCGCCAACGCAGCCGAGGAAGAGGAGAGCUUGGUCGGAAGGAAAAUUUAUAGAGGCGGGCUUGAAACUACACUUAUACCGUCACUUCCCUUUCCAUGUCUUGAUACGUUUUGCUAUCCCAUUCGGCAUGCUUUCUCUCCCUCCCCAUCUCAUUGAACAUCCAGUCAUGUAUCCAAGCCCAUUGUGUCCCCUCUCAUACAGCAUACUUUGCAAUGAAGAAGAAAGACUACGAGCGCCAC